AUGCCACAAAAAGAUUACAGAAGUCAAACAAGCUGGGAGACUGGAGUGGCCUCCAUGAUGCAAAACAGUCACAGUGGAGUAAACCAGCUGGGAGGUGUGUUUGUGAAUGGGAGACCUUUACCUGAUUCUACCAGGCAGAAGAUAGUGGAGCUGGCACACAGUGGAGCUCGACCCUGUGACAUAUCCAGAAUACUACAGGUGUCUAAUGGCUGUGUGAGUAAGAUCUUGGGCCGGUAUUACGAGACAGGCUCGAUCCGUCCUCGUGCAAUCGGAGGGAGUAAACCCAGGGUGGCCACUCCUGAGGUGGUGGGUAAGAUCGCACAGUACAAGAGAGAGUGUCCGUCCAUCUUCGCCUGGGAGAUCAGAGACCGACUGCUGGCAGAGGGAGUCUGCACCAAUGACAAUAUACCCAGUGUUUCAUCAAUAAAUCGAGUGCUCAGGAACUUGGCCAGUGACAAGCAGCAAAUGGGCACAGUGGGAGCUGAAGGAAUGUUUGACAAACUCAAGAUGCUAAGUGGACAAACUACCUGGGGAGGACGUUCAGGGUGGUAUCCUGGGACUAUACUCACUACCACUGAAUGUUCACAGGCAGAGGGAGGGGAGAACACAAUAUCAGUGAGUUCCAAUGGUGAGGAUUCAGAGGAGACUCAGAUGAGGCUUCAGCUGAAGAGGAAACUGCAGAGAAACAGAACAUCGUUCACACAGGACCAGAUAGACGCACUGGAAAAAGAAUUUGAAAGGACUCAUUAUCCAGAUGUGUUUGCCCGAGAGCGCCUUGCCAACAAAAUAGACCUACCAGAGGCACGGAUACAGGUUUGGUUUUCCAACAGAAGAGCAAAGUGGAGAAGAGAGGAGAAGCUGAGAAAUCAACGUCGUCAGGUGUCCAACUCCUCCAACCAUAUUCCCAUCAGCAGCAGCUUCAACGCCAGUGUUUACCAGACUCUACCACAACCUACUACACCAGUGUCCUUCUCAUCAGGAUCCAUGUUGGGAAGGUCAGAUCCAGUCCUGUCUAACAGCUACAGCCUUCCAGCCAUGCCAAGCUUCAGUAUGGCUGCCAGUUUGCCCAUGCAAGCAUCCAGUCAGACUUCUUAUUCCUGCAUGCUGCCCACCAGCCCAAGUGUAAAUGGAAGAAGCUAUGAGACAUAUACCCCUCCACACAUGCAGCCACACAUCAACAGCCAGUCAAUGCCCUCCUCUGCAACAUCGUCAACAGGUCUGAUUUCCCCUGGUGUCUCAGUUCCAGUCCAAGUUCCAGGAAGUGAAGCCGACAUGUCACAGUACUGGCCACGUCUGCAGUGAUGUCGUCUCUCACAGCAGUGACUCUUGCCUGCAGUGAUCAUCAGCAGUGACUGCAGUAACAGGACUGUAUGAGUCAUCAACGUAUGACCCAUCCCUACUCCACAGCUUGAAUGUCAUAAAAGGACCUGUCAUUGUCACUGAAGCAGACUGCACCACAGCAAAUUAAUAAGGAGAAAUGACUGCUUGCCAGAGAAAACUUUCAAACCAAAAUCUUGAGACAAACAAGACAGAUGGAGUUUGGAUACAAUUCCUUUUGAAGGACUUCUACAGUAUUUACUGGUUACUAUAAACCAGUGCAACUUCAGCUACAAGUGGAUCAAAGGUCUUGAGGAGUUUUCUCUCCACAUCAUCUCCAUCAGCUGCCAUUCAAUGUCUGACUUCUGAGGACACUUUGGCACAAGCUGUAGCCCGAGCUGUACUCAAGAAGCUCAGGAAGGUGGACUGUCCUUUGGUAACAGUAAACUCCAGAUAGGAAAGAACUACUUCAUGUCCAUUUGGACAUUCUGUGGGAAGACAUAUUACCUCCACUUUCAGUUCCUAAUUUAUAUCAUGUUACUGUUUUUUGCAAAAACAAAGAUGCUGACUGAAAUGUUAAAGGAAGAACUUGAAGUGAACUGUCUGCUAUAAAUUUGAUUCAUCAGCAGAUUCCAAAAGCCCUGGCCUAGAAUGUGUACAGAACUUUAGAAUAUGGUGAUAUGUGUUUGGUAUUGUAAAAAUCCUGACAUGGUUUGAACUGCUAACUGGCAUGGAUUCUGAUCUUCAACUGAAAAACUAUGUGUGUUUGUUUUAAUUCCAAAGUUGUUAGGUCUAUCAAUUUUACAGUAAACCAACUUUUGAAAGACUGGAAGCAGAACCAACAACUGGCUAGCUUAUAAAGAGUGAACAUUAGAUUGUGUCUUGGGUAUAAAUCUGUUUCUUAUUUCAAAGUGUAAAGUAUUUGU